GUUUAUUAUUAUUAUUACAACAAAUCUUUUGUGACACGCCUCUGGAUUAUUGUCUGGAUCCUGUACGUACAUGUACGUAAUGGCUGACCUAGGACUAGAUGAGGGUCCAAUAGAGGAGCAGUUGUCAGUAGGAAUAUUAGGCGUCCUGUCACCAGCUGUUCAACAAGUAGAUUCCAAGAUCACAGAAGUCAGAAAAAGCCAAGCAGAAUUGAGAGAUAAGAUUGAUGCUCUAGGGGAAGAGCUAAGAGUACUGUCGGAGAAACAAAAAGUUCCAGUUGACUUGGACACAUACGUCAAAAAAUUGGCCAACUCUAGAAAAAGAAUUCUUCUAGUUAAUGACAUACUUCAGAAUGUACAGGACAGAUUGGAGAAACUAAACAAGAAUGUAGCAAAAGAAACUGCCAGACAGAGGGCUGCAAUAGAAGCGUGUCACUAAAACAAUAAAUUGCGUAUAAAAUUAUAGAUGUUUUGUUAUAUUUAAACUUGUGUGCGUGCAUUAUAUGUGUACGUUUAUUAUAAUUAUCUAUAAAUUA